AAAGGGGGCGCCGUUUGGGGGGAGAUGGGGGUCCUCCUCCGCUGGGCCCCCCUGAUUCUGUGGGCGGCUGCCCACCUGCUGCUGCUCCUGGACUGCGCAGGCUCCACUUCUCACUCUCUGCGCUACUUCUACACAGCCGUGUCUGAUCCUGGCCAGGGGCUGCCCCAGUUCAUUGCUGUGGGGUACGUGGAUGACCAGCAAUUCAUUCAGUAUGACAGUGACACCAAGGAGGCGCUGCCUCGCGUCCCCUGGAUAAGGAAGGUGGAAAAGGACAAUCCUCAGUACUGGCAGUGGCAGACUCAGAUCUCUCAGGGCUCUGAGCUGGCGUUCAGGGAGGGUCUGCACAUUCUACGGAAUCGCUACAACCAGAGCGGAGGGAUCCACACCAUUCAGCGGAUGUAUGGCUGUGAGCUGGGGUCAGGGCGCAAAGGAGGAUACAAUCAACAUGGCUAUGACGGGAGGGACUUCAUCGCCUUCGACAAGGAGACCCUCACCUGGACUGCAGCAGAUACGGGGGCCCAAGUGACCAAGAGGAAGUUGGAUGCUAACAUGAACUACAACAAGUACCAGAAAGAGUACCUGGAGGAGGCUUGCAUUGAGUGGCUGCAGAAAUACCUGGACUAUGGGAAGGAGACUCUGCUGAGGACAGAGGCUCCGGAGGUGAAGGUGACCAGGAAGGCACACUAUGACAACCUGGAGACCCUCGUUUGCCAGGUCCACGGCUUCUACCCCAAGGAGAUUGAUGCCAACUGGGUGAAGGACGGGGAGGUCUGGCACGAGGGCACCUCCCGAGGAUUGGUCGCCCCCAACUCGGAUGGGACCUACUAUGUCCUGCUCAGUGUCAAGAUCGACCCCGAGGAGAGGGACCGCUUCCGGUGCCGCGUGGAGCAUGACAGCCUGGAGAAGCCUCUGGACGUGGCCUGGGAGAAGGAGCCAGUCAACCUGGGGCUCAUUGUGGGAGCCAUUUUGGGUGUCCUGACUGCCAUCGUGCUGGUCUCUGGGAUCAUCUUCUUCAUCAGCAGGAAACGGAGUGAGAAAUUAGCCUACAAAGCCGCCUCAGUAAGCGACCGGGGGUCUGACAGCUCCUCCAGCGAAAGCGACCGGGGGUCUGACAGCUCCGACAGGUCCAACAGGGUUCACCACUUGCGCCUCGAGUUCUGCCAGGCGACGGAUUCCGCAACCUGCCCGGAGUUUUGUGAUUGGCGCAAUAUUUCCCUGUCGCCCAAUCCCGGCUCCCGCUGCUGGUGGUUCCGCAGGCGGGGCAGAGAGCGGGCCUCAGAGCGUCAGAGGAAGAAGGACGUCGCUGGAGAAAAAGGAAUAGGGUCGCCGUUUUUUGGGAGGGGGGAGAUGGGGGUCCUCUUCCGCUGGCCCCCCCUGAUUCUGUGGGCGGCUGCCCACCUGCUGCUCCUGGACUGCGCAGGAUCCACUUCUCACUCCAUGCGCUACUACUUCACAGGCGUGUCUGAGCCUGGCCAGGGGCUGCCCCAGUUCAUUUCUGUGGGGUACGUGGAUGAUCAGCUGUUCAUUCAGUAUGACAGUGACACCAAGGAGAAGCUGCCUCGCGUCCCCUGGAUAAGGAAGGCAGAAAAGGAGGAUCCUCAGUACUGGCACACGGAGACUCAGCACAUGCAGUACGCUGAGCUGGUGUACAAGGGGGAUCUGCAGACUCUGCAGAAUCGCUACAACCAGAGUGGAGGGAUCCACACCAUUCAGAUGUUAUUUGGCUGUGAGUGGAGCCCAGGCAGGAGCAAUGGAGGGCUUUGGCAGUACGCCUACGAUGGGAGGGACUUCAUCGCCUUCGACAAGCAGACCCUCACCUGGACGGCAGCCGAUAUGGGGGCCCAAGUGACCAAGAGGAAGUGGGAUGCUGACUUGGCCUGGAACAAGUACUGGAAAGCCUACCUGGAGGAGACUUGCAUUGAGUGGCUGCAGAGAUACCUGGACUAUGGGAAGGAGACUCUGCAAAGGACAGAGGCUCCAGAGGUGAAGGUGACCAGGAAGGCAGGCUAUGACAACCUGGAGACCCUCAUUUGCCAGGUCCACGGCUUCUACCCCAAGGAGAUUGAUGCCAACUGGAUGAAGGAUGGGGAGGUCUGGUAUGAGGGCACCUCCCGAGGACUGGUCGCCCCCAACUCGGACGGGACCUACUAUGUCCUGCUCAGUGUCAAGAUCGACCCCGAGGAGAGGGACCGCUUCCGGUGCCGCGUGGAGCAUGACAGCCUGGAGAAGCCUCUGGACGUGGCCUGGGAGAAGGAGCCAGGUGAGAGACAGGGAAAUGGAGGGAGAAUUUAG